AUGGCCGCGGCCAUCGCCAGCGGCUUGAUCCGCCAGAAGCGGCAGGCGCGGGAGCAGCACUGGGACCGGCCGUCCGCCAGCAGGAGGCGGAGCAGCCCCAGCAAGAACCGCGGGCUCUGCAACGGUAACCUGGUGGACAUCUUCUCCAAAGUUCGCAUCUUCGGCCUCAAGAAGCGCAGGUUGCGGCGCCAAGAUCCCCAGCUCAAGGGUAUAGUGACCAGGUUAUAUUGCAGGCAAGGCUACUACUUGCAAAUGCACCCCGAUGGAGCUCUCGACGGGACCAAGGACGACAGCACUAAUUCUACACUGUUCAACCUCAUCCCAGUGGGACUGCGCGUCGUUGCAAUCCAGGGAGUGAAGACGGGGUUGUACGUAGCCAUGAACGGAGAAGGUUACCUCUACCCAUCAGAACUUUUUACCCCUGAGUGCAAGUUUAAAGAAUCUGUUUUUGAAAACUAUUACGUAAUCUACUCAUCUAUGCUGUACAGACAACAGGAAUCUGGCAGAGCCUGGUUUUUGGGAUUGAAUAAAGAAGGGCAAGUUAUGAAAGGAAACAGAGUAAAGAAAACCAAACCAGCAGCUCAUUUUCUACCCAAGCCAUUGGAAGUUGCCAUGUACCGAGAACCAUCUUUGCAUGACGUCGGAGAAACGGUCCCGAAGGCCGGGGUGACGCCGAGUAAAAGCACGAGCGCGUCGGCCAUCAUGAAUGGAGGCAAACCAGUCAACAAAAGUAAGACGACAUAGCCAGACCCUCACAGGUGUUGUGACUGAGUCGCCCCCCGAGCGCUGUUGAGCCCUUUAUCCCGGCCAGACCCUCCCGCUCCCUCCGGGGGCCCAGGAGCCGCCGGGGGUAGGCUGCUCCCCGCUGGCCUGAACUCCUUGGUUGCAAGUGGGAUAAAUCUCAACGCGUUGCGCCCCCCCACAAGAAGAAGACACCUGGACAACCAGCUCAACUCAGACCAUGGAAUGCCCUACCAGAUAUGGAAUGCCUUUUUAAUAUCUUUUCUGUGACUGUGACACUUCAUGUGAAUGACCUCCUUCACGAGUCCACUCGACACCUUGCCUGCUGACAGCUACCCAUAUUCCUUUUUGAGUCCCGUUUCGGCGAAAUCCAUGUGUUUCAGUUCGAUUUUUGUAGCACACAGAUACUCUUGAGUAAAUUUCUAGUUAGAUGCUGUAAACCUGUGCUAUUCUGGAGUUCUCUUCUUCCCCUUUAUUUUCCCCAGGGCUGCUGGCUCUACUGUCUGUGACCUUUUGUAGGGAUGGUGUUCCUCUCAAUCUUAACUGUUGCGGUUGGCUUAGUUGGGAGAGCGAUCAGGGAAACAGAAAGCCUUCUAAACCUAUUAUGACAAAUUGCAUCUGUAAAGAGUAGGACUGUGGUCUCCGGCUCACACAACUGAUGAAACACACAUAUACGCCCCGUCCAGUAGCAGACACUGUGCUCCCGAGGCCCGCGUGGCCGGGCUGAGAAACGGGGUCAAACGCAGACAUGGGAAGCGCUCUAUGAUCUGGGUUUGACAUCCCCCUUAGUUUCUUUGUGUGUGUGUGUGUGUAUGUUUUAUACAUAUCACAAGCUUACUGGUAAUGGUAACAUUUGCCUUGCCCAGCGAGCAAGACCCACUGGUUUUUGAGAAAGUGGGUCAAAAGAACUCUGUAGGCCUUGUAGGCCUGAUUAAGGUUCAUUUUUCAUCUAUGAAUCCUCAUUAUUUGGGAAAAAAAAAAGGAAAAAAAUAAUUAAUUAACAACCUACAAGAAUUGCGCUACCUAAAUCCAUCUCAGAUGAGAAUCCUUCCUGUUUUUAAUGAACCAAACUUAACACCAUCCCCGAUUUGGGCUGCGUUCCACUCAUACUCGGUAGAGCAUGGGCAAGGCGGCUGUUGUGUUCUUUCCUGCAGCAGCAAUGCAAACGUUAGUUAUAAAUUAGACUUUAAUAUUUUUGGUGUUUAAUGACAAGUUUUUAAACCGGACACAUUAGGUAAAAAAAAAAAAUUAUUUUUUUUAGCUCAGCAUGCUGAGUCAGGUACUGUGUAUUUCACCGGUCCAUACCUCUGACUCAGCUUCUGGGGUCCACAUGGCCCAGUAGCUGAGUUAGCGGUGCCUUGCCAUGAUCUCAGAAUGCAGUCUGUUGAAUUAUUCUAGAUUAAAAAUAAAGGCAAACCAACACGUUCAAAUAUCAGGUUUUCAGUCCAUCCGAUAUAUAUACAUAUGUUUUCUUGCUUUUGUUUGAGUUUGCUUUCUUAACUUCCUUUGGGAUUUCCAACUGCUGAAUUCUGAGGUUAGGGAGGACAGUGACGAGAAAGUCUGGGAAUAGUUGACUCCACAGUGAAGAAACCAUGCAAAAUGUUUACUAUUGGAUCUAAAGAGUUUCACAAUGUUUGAUACUAAACUGUUUGGAAAUAUACUUGUUAACUCUGUGUAUACUUAAUAAAUUUCAAUGUUUUUCUCCUCUGAACAGUUAAUUGAGACCAAACUGAACCUCAUUUAUAGACAACUAUAUGUGGGAUCCAUGUACUGGCCUCUUGUUAUUUUCCAUGUGGAAGGAUGACCCAGUUGCCAUUUUCUCCCAUCCGCACUGUAUUUACUGGGAAAUUAUUUUGUCACUGCUUUCCUAAGUCUCCAUGACAGCCUUUGCCCAGCCUUUAAAAAUUUUGGCCUGCUUAGCUGAUUAAAGAUUUACUAUCAAUUUAACUGUUUAUGCUUAUUUCAUUUUCAUAUUGAAUUCCACUUUAAUAAAUAAAAAGUUAGCAUAACAUCUGAGUAGAUUUAUUGUCGAUAAUGCUAAAGUACAAAUACAACAAAAUGAUUCUUUUGACCUCUCUUGAUUUCUUAUUACACUGUUCCAAAGCCUAUUAUUUUUAACAGGCUAAGUUAAAAUACAUUAGAUGAAUUACAUUAAUCAAUUUUUAGGGAAGACAUAUACUCCAUAAUAUGUGACAAACUGUGAAUAACAACUUGAAAUUCCAAUUAGAGAGACUUACCCUACCAUGCGCAUGUGUGUGCAGGCACACACACACACACACACACACACAUCAAAAAGCCCCACCUAUAUGUGUUUGGUAAUCGGCCCUACUUGCUGGUUUCUUUUUCUCUCCUGCAAGUUUGUUUAUUGGUUAAAAUUAUGACAAGAUUUAUUUUUGUAAAUGAGUGAGAUUUCAGUAAAUGUGUACCUCUGUUUUAUUUUUUACAUGAGUUAUCUAUAAGGGCAUUUAUCCCUAUGAAUGGAUGUCAGAAUACUUUCUUCUAAUAUAUGUUUAGACGUACUGCAGAGGGGUCCUUGUUAUUUGUGAUUUAGUUAGAUCAUUUCCUCUGUGUCUGGUCUGACCUGUUGCAUGGAACGAGGACAGCACUGAUGAACUGCAUGUCGUAGGACCUGUGUUUCAAGAGCCAUUGGUGUGUAUUAUUCAAUCUACAUACAAAGAGUUUGUCUGCAUUGUACAGUUUCUGUGUUUAAUAUCAUUUGUUGUAUUCAUAAAUACAACAUAUUGAAUAAAAUAUUUAUAUGAAGGCAUAUUCAACAACAUCCAACAACUUUAUGUAACAAAAUGGCAUUGCAUCACCCACAGAUACAGAGAAAUGUCAUGUAAAUAAGUUUGGUAAACUCAGUCUCCCCCUUUACCAUGCCAAAGAAGAUUUUCGCUCUUUGAUGAUACCUCUUUAGCUAUUUUUCCAGGAUAAGACUCCACCAUUUCCCCCCCUCAAAAACUAAGUUUGCUGUUUUAAGUGCAAUCUGUCGCCAUUGAUGUUCUGUACAGUAAAUCUGAUGGAAUUCAUUAGUAUUUGGAGACCACCAUGUGAUCUGUACCUACAUAAACCAAAGUUCUGCAAGAAAGGAACCUGAAGGUCUUUUGUACAAAUUAUGAUGGCUGGAUAAGGUAACGAAGUUUAGUGUCUGUGCAGCAUCACAUAAGGCAUCAGAAUUGCAACUGAACAAUAACAGCUUUGUUUGAGUGUUGACGUGUUUAGACAGAGGAAAGAGUAUAAUCUGUGUUGUUUCGUCACAGCUUAUAUUUCCCUCAUUUACAAAAACUGAUCUAUUGAUUGAUAUACAUGAGACUAAAGAUACAAUCCCAUGGUUGCACUCCUUAAUCUCAGGAUAGAAGUGACAAUUUUAUAAAUCUCCUAAAGUACGAGGACAAUAUUAGUACUAUCAAAAUCAGCAUCAGUUAAAUUUUCUCUUAAAUAAUUUUCAAUAUUAAAUUUUUCAGUAACUCAGCAGAUGCAUAUUUUCCUUAUUUUUGGUGAUGUGACUUAGAAAAGUCCAAGCCACAAUUCUAGAAUAUUUACAUCAUCAAGUAAAAUUUCCAAGGAAAACUUUUCAUCUUAAUAUGGAAAUGAUUUUGUUACAUUAUUCUAGGAUUUUACAAGAUAGAAAUCGCCUUUAGAAAAAAAAAAAGUGGGGUUUUUAUUAGCUCUAAAUAAUUAAAGGUUGCCUAACUAAUGUGUAUAAGUAGAUUUAACUGUAAAUAUGUAAGGGAAGUCUGAAUUAUUGUACAUUUUCAUAAUUCAAUGUGAAUUUCAUACAGAGCAGAAUUUCACCAUUAAGAAAAUAAACAUUUUGUUCUUAUUAUU